AUGUCUAGUAAAAAUGCAAGGAAGGAUCCCGCUUGGAAGUAUUGUGUAGAAAUUGACGUACCGCCAUCGGGUGUAAAAAAGGGUUACAAAUACAUGAAAUGUAACUUUUGUAGUAAAGAUUUUAAAGGAGGAGUGAAAAGAAUGAAGGAUCAUCUUGCCGGUACACACAAAGAUGCUGCCCCUUGUCUUAAGGUGCCCGCUGAAGUGAAAGACGAAAUGAAGCAAUACUUGAAGGCUUCUCAGGAUUCUAAGUUUGCUGCCCAACGCAACUUUGAAGAAAACGUCGAAAGUGGGGCAUAUUACACCGGUAGUAGCGCUAGUGUUAGCAAUCGUGGCGUUAGAGGACCAAUGGACCGGCAUGUGCAUGUGCCACCGGUGAGUGCUAAAGAGCACCGGAAUCAAGUUUGUUUGGAUAUCGGGAGAUUCUUUUACGAGAAUGGAAUCCCGUUUCACGCAGCAACUAGUCCUUCAUUUACUAGUAUGCUACGUUCGGUUGGUAACUUUGGACGAGGAUUGAAGCCUCCUACGAUGCACGAGUUAAGGACUUGGAUCCUUAAAGAGGAAGUUAAAACAACCACUGAAAUGGUGAAUGACAUCAAAGCAACUUGGAAGACAACCGGGGUUUCAUUGUUAUCAGACGGUUGGUCAGACAUGCGAAACCGAAGUCUAAUCAAUUUUUUGGUCAACAAUCAAUAUGGAACGGUUUUUUUGAAAACGGUUGAUGCAUCGAAUUGCGUGAAAGAUGCUGAAAAGAUUUUUGAAUUGCUUGAUGGUGUUAUUAAAGAGAUUGGGGAAGAUAUAGUCGUUCAAGUGGUGACCGACAACGCAAGUAACUACAAAAAGGCCGGAGAGAUGUUAAUGAAGAAGAGGAAGAAAUUGUAUUGGACCCCAUGUGCCGCCUAUUGCAUCGAUUUGAUGCUUGAAAAAAUUGGAGAAUUGCCACAACACAAAAAUGCUUUGCUUAAAGCAAAAAAAGUUAGCAAUUUCAUUUAUAAUCAUAAUUGGGUGUUGAGUUUGGCAAGAAAAAUUCUUGGGAAAGAUCUUCUUCGACCGGCCGCCACAAGAUUCGCCACGGCCUUUUUGACGAUUCAAAGUCUUUAUGAUUCUAAAGAUGCUUUGCAACAAAUGUUCGUUUCUAAUGAUUGGAAGAAUUGUGCUUGGGCUAAGAAAGACGAUGGAAAAAAUGUAAAGAAAAUUAUUAUGGAUGAGAGAACUUUUUGGCCUAGUGUGGUCUAUACCCUUCAAACCACAAGCCCACUAGUUGAAGUGUUGAGGAUCGUUGAUGGUGAGCAAACACCCGCAAUGGGAUUUCUUUAUGGAGCGAUGGACGCGUGCAAGGAAAAAAUUGCAAAGAACUUGAAUAAUGUCGAAGCGUCUUACAAAGAGAUAUGGGACAUCAUCGAUGAAAAAUGGGACUUUCAAAUGCACCGCGCUUUGCAUGCGGCUGCCUACUAUCUAAAUCCUAAAUUUCGAUGGAGUCCCGAUGUUUCACAGCAUCCAGAGAUUAAGAGAGGGUUGUAUGAUGUCAUGGAACGACUCGUGAAGGACAACGGAAUGUACAUGAAGAUUGAAGAACAACUAAUUCUUUAUAGGGAAAAGAAAGGAUUAUUUGGUUAUAGGGGUUCGUUGGCAACUUAUCAAACACGUCCACCGGGUAAAAUAUUUGCUAGUUAUGUUAUUAUAGAUGUGACACCUCUUUUAUGGUGGGGCGAAUAUGGAGAUGAUACCCCUGAACUCAAGGCGUUUGCAAUGAAGAUUUUGGGUCUUACAUGUUCGGCUUCAGCUUGUGAACGUAAUUGGAGUACGUUCAAUCAAGUACAUACAAAGAGACGAAACCGGUUGACCACCGAGAGGAUGGACGAUUUGGUGUUCAUUAUGUACAAUAGAAAGUUGAAGCAAAAAUUUGUAAAAAGGUCCAAUUUAAAAGAAGAUGAAGAUCCUUUACUUGUUGAAAACGUCAUGUCUGAUGAUGAGUGGAUAGCCGACCCGAGCGAUGAUGAUGAUGAUGAUGAAGAUGCAAUUGAAGUUGAUGCGGCAAAUGUGGAAGAAAGUGACGAGGUCAUUAGAACAACAAGAGGUAGUGGGGCAACUAAAACACGUAGAGGUGGUGGGAUAAUUGAGCGAAGCGGUGGAAGUUCCUCAUCUAAGAAAAGGAAAGCCGCCCUUCAUUUGAUUGACGAGGAUGACGAUGAUGAGGAUUGGGUUGAGGAAGAUUGUGAGGAUGAUGAAGAUGAUGUUCGUUAUGCUAUUUGA